CUGUAAUAUCUCUAAAUGUGUGUGUGUGUUUUCCUCGUAGAUUAUGUGUACUUUGAAAACUCCUCCAGCAACCCCUUGCUCAUUAGGCGAAUAGAAGAACUGAAUAAGACAGCGAAUGGGAAUGUGGAGGCCAAGGUAGUGUGUUUCUACAGACGCAGGGACAUCUCCAGCACACUGAUUGCCUUGGCUGACAAACAUGCACGAGAGAUGGAGGAGGAGAUGGAGAACCCCGAGAUCCUGGACCUGCCUGAGAAGCAAAAGCACCAGCUCCGCCACCGAGAGCUCUUCCUGUCUCGCCAGCUGGAGUCACUGCCUGCCACACACAUCAGGGGAAAGUGCUGUGUCACACUCCUAAAUGAGACUGAGGCGCUUAAAUCCUACUUGGAACGGGAGGAUGCCUUCUUCUACUCCCUGGUGUAUGAUCCCCAGCAGAAGACCCUGCUGGCUGAUAAAGGGGAGAUCCGCGUUGGAAACAAGUAUCAGGCGGACAUCACUGACCUCCUGGCCGAGGGGGAAGAGGACGGCAGAGACCUGUCCAAACUGGAGGAGAAGAUCUGGGACCCGAGCAGUUUGCUCACAGAGAAACAGAUCGACCAGUUUUUAGUGGUGGCACGGUCUGUCGGUACGUUUGCGAGGGCCCUGGACUGCAGCAGCUCCGUGCGGCAACCCAGCCUCCACAUGAGCGCGGCCGCCGCCUCCAGGGACAUCACACUGUUCCAUGCCAUGGACACGCUGCACAAGAACGGCUACGACAUGACGCGGGCCAUCGCAGCGCUGGUGCCCCAGGGCGGGCCCGUGCUCUGUCGGGACGAGAUGGAGGAGUGGAGCGCCUCGGAGGCCAACCUCUUCGAGGAGGCGCUGGAGAAAUACGGCAAAGACUUCGCCGACAUCCAGCAGGACUUUCUGCCUUGGAAGUCCUUGACCAGUAUUAUUGAGUAUUACUACAUGUGGAAAACCACAGACAGAUAUGUCCAACAGAAACGGUUAAAAGCAGCCGAGGCCGAGAGCAAACUGAAGCAGGUCUACAUCCCCAACUAUAACAAGCCCAACCCUAACCAGCUGAGCUCCAACAGCAUGAAGCUGUCUGGCCUGGUGAAUGGCGGCGGGGCAGCAGGAGCUCCAGCAGGGGCUCCGGCGGCAGCAGCGGCGGCGGCAGCAGCAGCGGGGGUUCCGGCCGUGGCGCCCGGGCCCGGGGGAGCAGCAGCAGCAGCAGCAGCAGCAGCAGCAGCAGUGGUCCCGGGUCAGCCAGCAGUGCUGGGCCGCGCCUGCGAGAGCUGCUACACCACCACCUCGUAUCAGUGGUACUCGUGGGGUCCUCCCAACAUGCAGUGUCGGCUUUGCGCCUCCUGCUGGACGUACUGGAAGAAGUACGGCGGUCUGAAGAUGCCCACACGCCUGGACGGGGAGAGGCCGGGACCCAACCGCAACAACCUGAGUGGCCAUAACCUGCCGGUUAGGCACGGCGGCAGCCCCAAAUUUGCGGUGAAGACGAGGCAGGCCUUCUACCUGCACGCGACCCACCUGACCCGCGCUGCCCGCCGCGUCUGCCAGGACCUGCUGCGCUCCCAAUUCCUGGGCCGGCACCCCUACAACCCCGUCAACGCGGCCGCCAUCAAGGCUGAGUGUGUGGUACGGUUGCCAGAAAUUCCCAAAAAGCUGCAGCCACUCAAACCGUUGGUGAGGAAGCCUCUGGAAUCGGUGGUUAGAUAUCUGGAGGCCCACCCGUGUCCCCCAAAACCAGAGGGCCAGCGCACUGCCACCAUCACCACCAGCAGCAUGACGCCCAUCAAGUCCUCGCCCAUCCUCAACAACGGCUCACCCACCAUCCUGGGCAAGCGCAACUACGAGCAGCACAACGGCCUGGAGGGCACCAAACCCAAAGCGCUCACCCCUCAGUGGGACAUCAUGUCCAAGCGUGUGUGUGAGCCGGGCAGGACUGCUCCCCCCCUGCAGGACCAGGUUCAUGAGCUCGACUGACGACCCCAACCCCCCAACCCCUUCACCCUUCAAGGUGACCGCUGCACCAUACUGCACAGAGACAAGGCCUCAGACAGGAGGCGGCUGAGGGAAGAUGACGUCCACAGUGUUUGACCACCAGCCAGCCUGCACUGUCCACUCUGCCAGUCACUGAGCCCGAGCCUUGCAGGAACCGACCAAUCGUCUUACCGGGUUAUAGGCUUCAACCUAUCUGAGGGCUCGGCUGUCUGUACAGGACUGUUUAAUCACCAUUAUUAUUAUUGUUGUUGUUGUUAUUGUUUAUUAUUAUUAUUAUUAUUAUUAUUAUUAUUAUUAUUAUUAUGACAAUGUCUGCCAUUGUAAUAUUAUUCUUGUUCUUUUUUUUUAUCAGCUGUAAUCAUAUGCUUAUCAGUUUAUUGUUGGAAAAAAAAAGAAAUUGAAGGAAUGCAAAAAAAAACAACAACAAAAAACAUAAAGCCCAUUGAGGCCCGAGAGAACUCCAGGGCCACCUGCAUCAGUUUUGCCCUGUUUUUUUUUUCGGUUCUUAUUUUUCCCCUGUUUUCCGAACUGUAAAAAUGAAAGACAAAAACAUGAAAAGGAUAGGGGAUGUUUUUUUGUAUGUUUGUUUGACUGGAUGAAUACCCCCUCUGUUUUGCUUGCAAUUUUUGAUUUUUGUUUUUUGUUUUUAUUUUUAUUUUCUUGUUUGUUUUUUAAAGAAAAAAAGUCCUCUAAGUCCCCUCUGCACGCUGAUGGAUUUAACUUAUUGAGAAAGACUGAGACGUGCUCUUUUUCUACCUUUUCAUAAAUAAUGCAUCUUCUGCUUCGAUGAUGUCAUUAAAAACAAGACUAUUUGGUU